AGUUUACAAUAAAAAAUUGAAGAUAUGGAAAAAUAACAUAAAGAGACAAUUGAUUAAAUGAAUAAACAAAUGCAUAUAUUGAAAAAAGAUUUAGGCAAAUCAACUGAGAGUUAUCGUUAAUUAAUUAAACAAAAUGAACAUUUGAAAGAAUCUGUAGAACAUCUUCCAAAAGCAAUCAUGCAUACUGAAGGAGAAGUUAAUGGAAGAAUUAAAGACAAAAAGUAAAUUGUAUAAAUUUAUUAGUUUUGUCAUUCAGAUCAUAGAUUAAAGAAGGUAGAUUACAGUAGUGAAUAUCCUACAUCAAGUAUUAAUAUAUAAUCUCAAAAUUCAAUUAGACAUUCAACUCCAUUUAAAUCUUAAUCUUAACAUCAUAAAUCAGUCAAACUCAAUAAUUAAAUAUAACAUCGCAAUACUUAAGAAUAAGAUUUAUUUAUUAAAUAUAAUCACCUCUUAAAAUAACAUGCUUAAUCUAUUACUUAAAGAUCUUAAAUUAUAUAAGCUAGCCAAUAUUUAUUAAAAGGAGGCUUUGCUAAUCAUAAUAAGUAAAGAAGUACUCUUAAUGUUAUCUCUGACAUUUGUAAUGCACAAUUACAUAAAUCUUCACAAAGAAAUAAAAGUCAAGGAAAUAGUGCUAAAGCUGCAAAUACUAAUUCUUAAAAUAAUAUUAAUCCUAAUAAUAAAACUACUACAUAAAAAAUUAUAUCAGAAACUUCGAAAACUAAUGAAGCCAUUUAAAGAUUACUUAAACUUAAAUGAUUUUAUUAUUUAUGCAUUUCAAUUUUAUAAUACAUUAAUAUUCAAAUCAUUUCAUUUAUACUUUUUUAAGUCCCUUAAACUCUUUCAUCUACUAAUUUAUUUAUAUAACCAUUUCCUAUAUUAUUCUUUAUUAUUCUAUAACCUAUCUCUUAUCUUUACAACUAAAAAUAAAACAAUUUAAUUCUAUUAAUCAUACUUUAUCUAACUUUUUUAAUACCUUCUCAAAAUAUUCCAUCUUAUGUUCUCUUUUCUAAUCUUUAUUUUCUAAUAAUAAUAUUUGAAUGAAAUAAUUCUUAUCAAUUUCUUUUUCUUCUAAUAAAAUUUUAAUAUCUCCAUUUGA